AUGGGAUCCCUGCUGCGAGCUCUCAACGUUUCCCAUGUGCUCCCAGCCCCAGAUCAAGCCGCCGUCUGCUCGCCAGAAGCCCUCCACGUCGACGGCGGCCACGUCAAGCUCUCGUUCAUGGACGCCCUGUUCGUCGACAGGGUGCCGAUGCAGCGGCUGUUCUUCUACGAGGGCCCCGGCGUCCCGCCCUUCCCGUCCCUCGUCAGCUCCCUGAAGUCCUCCCUCGCCGCAGUGCUCGCCGUCUUCCACCCCCUCGCCGGCAAGCUCACCUACCGCGCGUCGACCGGCGACGUCGUCGUGGACUGCACACCGGCCGCGAUCGCGCCCGGCGUCCGGUUCGUGGAGGCGGAGUACCCCGGCAGCAUCGACGACAUGCGGCGCCUGGCCGUCGGCGACGAGCACCACACGGAGGCGCUGAUGCUGCUCGGGCCGGAGCUGAACGCCGGGCGUCUCCCGGCGCCGGUGCUCGCCGUGCAGGUCACGAGGCCGGCCAUCGGGGGUGCGCGCGCCGUGGUGGUCGGGGUGUCCAUCCACCACGCCGUGGCCGACGGCCACUCCGUCUGGCAGUUCAUGAGCGCCUGGUCUGCCGUUUCGCGUUCGCCAGAGGCUGCGUCAGGCCUUGCGCCGCCGACCUUUGACCGGACGGCGAUACAGUACCCCAAAGCCGACGAAGUGGCGUGCAAGUUCCUGCGCACGAUUGCUCCGGCGCUGCCCGUGGCAAGAUCGCCGUCGCUGUACACCCCGCCGGACCAGCGGAGGAGAAGCUUCCUGCUCCGUGCCGACGACAUCAAGUCGGUGAAGCAGCUUAUACUGGCACAAAGCAAAGCCAUCGGGGAACUGAUGGACACGCACCCGAGCACCUACGUCGCGGGGUCGUCGCUGGUGUGGACGUCCAUCGUGCGCGCCAAGUGCUUGGACCCCGCCGCCGACGCCUACCUCCUGGUGCCAGUGGACCUCCGCCGCCGCCUCGGCCCUCCCAUCGACGAGCGCUACUUCGGGAACUGCGUCGUGCCGUGCUUCGCCAGGGCCGCCGUGCGCGACCUGCGCGACGGCGGCGCGGGGCUCGCGCGCGCCGCCGCGGCUAUCGGCGCCGCCGUCCGCGAGCAGCUCGGGGACCCACUGGGCGGCGCGGAGCGGUGGCUGGAGCGCUUCCUCGCUGCGCCCAGGGAGAGGUUCACCUUCACGGGGUCGUCGAACCGGUUCAUGGCGUACGAGACGGACUUCGGGUGGGGCGCGCCGAGCCGCGUGGAGCUCGUGUCGCUCUUCACCAGGGAGCUGGUGCUGCUGCUGGGCGCCGCGGAGGACGGCGGCGUGCAGGUCACCGUGGCGCUGGAUCACGCGCACAUGGAGGGCUUCGCGGCCAACUUGCUGCGGGUUUCAGGGGAAGAUCUGAAUGGUGAUGUAAAAAUCAAACAGGAUUAA